UAUGCAAUCCAUAUAUUUUCAGAUAAAAAAAAUAAGUUUUAUACAAAUAUAUUCCUAAAACAUUAUCGAUCAAAGUAAUUUGAGCAGUUGUAAUCCUUUGGAUCCUGAAUUUAUAUAUAUAUGUAGAUGUCAAAGAUUGGUUGCAGAAGCAAAGGCGGGAGCAAUCGUUCAUCACUGCAAUGGUUAUUCAGAAUUACUAUGGUUCUUCAGUUCCUCUUCCUAAUGGUUGUUUACUCGGCCGAUAAUGCAUCCACAGAUAUUAGGUUAAAUUCGACAAAUACUGGCCAGAAAGUUUCACAGCCUCUGAGAUUGGAUGUCACGAAAAAACAUGUGGUAAUGGAAAACGGUCACAUAAAAGUAACGUUCACUAAUCCAACCGGAUCCAUUGCAGCAAUUGAAUACAAUGGAACUGAUAACGUAUUGGAAUAUUCCAGAAAGGAAACCGAUAGAGCGGAAUGGGAUAUUGUUUGGAGUACACCGAAAAGGCCUAACAAGUUUGAUAUUCUUUUCGCAACAAAUUUCACAGUGAUAGUCGACGAUGAAAAGCAGAUCGAGCUUUCUUUUACAAAAUCUUUUCAAUCCCAUGAAGAUGCAAGUGCUCCCCUCAUUGUUGACAAAAGGUAUGUGCUCCAGCCUGGGCGUUCAGGAUUUUACACAUACGCAAUAUUUUAUCACCCUCAAGGAUGGCCAGAUAUGGACAUUGGUGAAGCAAGGAUUGCCUUUAACCUAAGAAAAAGCAUGUUUAGUUAUAUGGCUAUAUCAGAUGACUUGCAAAGAGUGAUGCCAACUGCAAAUGAUCGGAAAUCCGGUGAAAAACUAGCCUUCAAAGAAGCUGCUUUACUAACGCAUCCAUCCAAUAGUAGUUUGAGAGGGGAGGUGGAUGAUAAGUACCAAUAUUCUUUAGAAAAUAAAGACAUUAAAGUACAUGGAUGGAUUUGUCCAGCGCCCCAUAUUGGAUUUUGGAUCAUCACAGGUAGUAGUGAAUUCCUUUCAGGUGGCCCAAUAAAACAAGAUCUUACGUCUCAUGUUGGUCCAACUUCUUUAAUGGUAUUCUUUAGCGAUCAUUAUACAGGUGAAGGGUUUACACUAAGCUUGCGAAAUGGGGAGAGUUGGACAAAGGUUUUCGGUCCCAUUUUUAUAUACCUCAAUUCAGACUCAAGCAAAAACCCAUCAAACCUUUGGAGAGACGCUCAGAAUAUGGCUACCCAAGAAAAUAUAAAUUGGCCCUAUGAUUUUCUGAAAUCACACCACUACCCUGAUAGAGAUUUUCGGGGUACACUUAAAGGCCGACUACGAGUUCGUGAUAGGUUUUUAAGUUCAGGGUUUGUAGAGGCAGAAUCUGCACACAUUGGGUUGGCCCCUCCGGGGGAUGCUGGAUCAUGGCAACGAGAUGUCAAGGGAUAUCAAUUUUGGACAGAGACAAACGAUAAGGGAGAGUUCAAGAUCAACGCAGUUAGACCUGGAAUCUACAACUUGUAUGCUUGGGUCCCCGGAAUCCUUGGAGACUACAAAUACAACCAUCUAAUUGUCAUCAAGCCAGGAGACAAGAUUGAUCUAAGGGAUCUUGUAUUUGAUCCUCCAAGGAACGGUCCAACCUUAUGGGAAAUCGGAAUCCCCGACCGCAAGGCAUCCGAGUUUUUCAUCCCCGAUCCCGAUCCUCACCUCGUCAACACCUUAUUCCUCAACCACAAAAACGAAAAGUAAUAUGUUUAAUUACUCGAUCUAUCGAGUUUAAUUCAGUCGAUGGACCUCUUUCAUUUUUAGGCUAUAAUUUCAUGAGAAAUUACUCCAAAUAGGAGUAAAAGUAAGGUAAAACUCAAAAAUAGGACUGCUUAUGGUUUUAUUCCAAAAUAGGACCAAUUUACUCCUAUUAUGAAACAUAGAGAAUUUGGCAUCACAUUUUUACCCCUGCAGUUAUUUAUUCUUCUCUCUCACUUUCUCUCCCCACAAAUGGAUCACACUUCUCUAGGCUCAAAAACCGCACUCAUCUUCACCGAUCUACUCUGCAAAUCGUCUUCUCCCUUCCAGACCCGUGAUUUCGCUGCAGGCCAUCGCACGCCACCUCCGCUGCCUCCACUGCACACCACCUCCGCUGCCUCCACCUUCACCACCUCUGCAAAUCAUCUUCUCCCUUCCAAGUUCCAAAUCGUCUUCUUCCAUAUUUCAGGUUUUUAUCUUCUUCUUCUCUUCUUCUUCUUCUUCAUCUUCCUCCUCCUCUUCACCUUCUUCGUUUUUUUCUUGGUAUUUCUAUGAUUUUUAGGGUAAUUUACAUUCCUCUGAUUUUUUGGAUAAUUUUUACAUUGAUUUUGUCAAUUUUCAAAUUUAAAUUUUCGUAUUUUGAUUUCUGAGUAUUUAAACAUUUUUUAUUUUCCAGAUUUUUGGAUGAUGGCAUAGAAUUUUGCCAAGUUUGUGGCAGAAAUAAUGUAUAAUGACAAUCGGAUUAUGGCAGAAAUAGUUUUUGAGUAAAUCGGCUUUUCUAAUUUUUUUCCUUUUACUUCGUGUUUCUGAUUCUAUUAGAGUUUUUAUUCCAUUAAUUUUUUUCGAACAUUUGCUAAUUCCUUUCAUGUUUUUGCCAAAUUUAUGGCAGUUUUCAAUUAUUAUUCCAAGAUAAAUCUGCCAAAUAUGUGGCAAAUUCAAAAUCCAUGUUCAUGGCAGAUUUGAAAUUAAUUUAGACUAAAUAUGCCAAACAUUUGGAAGUUGCUGGCAUUGGAGUUGUGACGGUGGCGGUCGUGCCCGGAGGUGAUGUGGCGGCCCUGGAGUUCACAAUGGUGGUGCUCGGAGGAUGGUGGUGGUGGUGGUGGUGGCAGGUGGGCGGCAAAGAAUGGUCACACUAGUUUGGAUGCGGCGGUGAGGCUGGAGGAAGACAGUACUAGCGAGGGUGGCACCGGAGAGACGGCGGCAGGCGGCGCCGGCGAGACGGCGGCAGAAGGCACCGGUGAGAUGGUGGCAGGCGGCGUCAAGGAGGCGGUGGGCAGGCUGUAGCAGCACCGAAGGUUUAGACAAUAUGGGUUAUGGGAUCGUUAUACAGAUUAUUACCCUGACAAGGAUUUGGUGUACACAGUUGGCCAAAGUGAUUACCGAAAAGAUUGGUUCUUCGCACAUGUGAAUAGAGUUGGAAGGAACAAAGCAUAUGAAUCCACCACAUGGAAAAUUGUAUUUAGGCUGAAUGAUGUGAGCGAAAGGGGGACUUAUACACUUCGGAUUGCGUUAGCUUCUUCCUCUUAUGCCAAUAUUUUAGUUUGGAUAAACAAGCAACAUGGACGGCCCAACUUCAUAAUCAAUGGGCUGUGGAAAGAUAACGCAAUUGCGAGACACGGAAUUCACGGGCAAUAUUCGGAGCACACAUAUAAUUUUUCCGGAGGCGAACUUGUGAAGGGAGAAAACACACUAUACAUAGAGCAGUCCAGAGGUGGAAGCCCAUUUGUUGGAGUGAUGUAUGACUAUAUUCGCUUGGAAGGUCCACCGCCUCAACCUACGUACUAAUCACGAUCACGAUUUUCGACUUUAGUGUCUAUCAAAUAAUACUACGUACUUGUGCAUAAAUGUGCACUAGUAUCUCUUACUUAUUCUUAUGUAUGUAUGUGUUUCCUAUUCAAAUAAUGAUAUCAUAUUAGAAAUACUUGCAACUUAUCCAUAAUAUAGUCUCCACAAAGUAAUAUAUAAGGACAUAUUUCGAUUUUGAGCUUGUUCCAAAAUGCAGGAUUCGAUCAAUUUUAA